CCCCGCUCGGCUCGGCUCGGCUGCAGCCGCCUUUCCUAAAGGGACUUCGCCGCCAGAUGCCCAUGAGCAACAGCUGGUCCGGAGACCAUGCGAGGCUUCCUGAAGGACCCUCCGAGUUUGAACUUUGAGGGACUAUGUGACAUGCUGCCCUUCGCUGGACUCCAUUAAAGCUCAGCAUGAGCCAGAGGACCUUCUCCAUCCCCGCAGAGGUGGUCGUGAUGACGGGACUUCACGCGGACUGACGUUCUGCUGAGCGCCUCCGCCAGGCUCCUCCGCCAGCCUCCUCCACCAGGCUCCUCUGCCAGCCUCCUCCACCAGGCUCCUCCACCAGGCUCCUCCGCUGUGGCGAUGGAUAAACUGACAGUCAUCUCAGGAUGCCUCUUUCUGGCUGCGGACAUAUUCGCCAUCGCCAGCAUCGCCAGUCCAGACUGGAUCAACACCGGAGAGUCAUCCGGUAAGUUAGGUUCUUUAACGGUGGGUCUGGUCCAGCAGUGUCAGACCAUCCACGGUCGGGAUCGGUCCUGCAUCCCUCCCCGUCUCCCACCGGAAUGGGUCACCACGCUCUUCUUCAUCAUCUUGGGAAUCGUCUCUCUCACUGUCACCUGCGCUCUGUUGGUGAUGUCACAUUGGCGCCGUGAAGCCACCCGGUACGCCCGCUGGAUCGCCUUCACCGGCAUGGUCUUGCUGUGUAUGGCGGCUCUCAUAUUCCCCAUUGGUUUCUAUAUCAGUGAGGUCGGAGGUCAGCCUUAUAAACUCCCCAACAACACGGUGGUGGGCUCCUCCUACGUGCUCUUCGUCAUGUCCAUAUUCUUCACCAUCGUGGGUCUGCUGUUUGCUGGGAAGGUCUGUUUGCCUGGCUGA